GAGCGCUCUCAAUUCGUCGCAAGUGCAAAAGCGCUCUUUAUCAAUGAGAAGGAAGCCUUGUUUGGGUUGAAGACGGAACAGAGUGGAAAUAAAUCAUCAAUAUUCUCUUGUUUCUCUCCUUGCAGUCACAUCAUUGACGCUUCUUUUUCCUCCUCAACUAUUGCCAUGUCAGUUUUAUCAUUGCCUCGCCGCCCAGAAACUGCUCCGAAGCAGGUUUCUUGCCAUCUCCAUUUCACCCUCUUGCUUUAGACUAAAGCCAGAGAAAUAGCAGCUACCAUAUAUAUACUUAUUAGGGUUUUGCAGAAAAGUUGUCCUUAGCCUGAUGGGAGACAAAAAGGUUUUUGUUCCAAUGGAGAAUAUAAUGGACCAUUUAAAACUAGCUGAGUUAAAGAAAGAGAAUCUGCGCGAAUCUUUUGAUCAAGCACAUGCACAAGCGUCUUCCAUUCUCUUGUUUACUCUCCAAUGGAAAGAUUUAGAAGACCAGUUUGAUUCGUUAAAGAAUUCUUUAUUAAAGCAAGCACAAGAAGUGGAUUUGGAAAAGGAAAAAUUAAUGGAAAACACCCAAGUGCUCGAACAACGUGAUCAAGAGGUUGAAAUUAAGUUUAAAUGGGUCAAUGAACGCUUGGAUGAGCUUCAAAUGAAGGAAAAACAAUUGGAUUUGAUUAAAAAGUUGAUUCAGGAGUGCACUUUGGAGCUUAGUUUAAAAGAAAAUCAAUUGAAUUUGGCUCGAAAAGAGGUCGAGGAUUGUAAUGGGAAGGUUAGUAUGAAAAAAGAGCAACUGGGAUUGGUGCAAAAGGAGCUUGAUGAGUGUAAUGAGGAGCUUAGUGUGAAAAAGAAGCAAUUAGUUACAGUUCAAAAAUCAAUAGUGGAACUUACUGGGGAGCUUGAAUUGAAGGAGAUGAAUUUAGGUUUGGUUAAAAUGAAGGUUGAGGAGUGUUGCAAGGAACUUUUUGCAAAAGAUCAGCAAUUGGGAUCAGUGCAGAAGUCACUUCACGAAUGUUCCAAGGAGCUUGAAACAAAAGAGAGUGAUUUAGAGAAGGUGAAAAUUUUGACUACAGAUUGUAAUGAUGAACUUGAGCUGAAAGAGAGGGAGUUGGAUGCAUUAAAGAACUUGAUUAGUGAUUGUAAGUGUGAGCUCAAGUUGAAUGAGAAGCAGUUGGGAAUGCUGCAGGAAUUGACUGAGAAAUGUUCUGGCAAACUUGACUUGAAAGAGAGUCAAGUGGGUCAAAUUCAAAAAUCAAUUGAUCAGUGCCUGAUGGAGCUUGAUUUGAAAAAGAAGGAACUUGAUGCAACCCAAAAAAUGACCAAGGAAUGCCAGAAAGAGGUUAACUUGAAAAUGAAGGAACUGAGCAGAGUCCAGAUAUUGAUUAAGGACAUGUUGGACGAUCUUCAUUCAAAAGAGAAUCAUCUUGAUUCCAUCAAAGCGUUGAUUGAAGAAAACACUGAAGAACUUGAAGCUAAAGAGCAACAAUAUGAUGCAAUAAAUAAGUCUAUCAAUGAGUGUUCUGCAAAGCUUACAAUGAAGGAGAAAGAGAUGGAGUUGAUUGAAAAAUCUAUUAGAAAUCUCUCUUCAAAGCGUCAGUCAGAAGAGAAGAAAUUAGAUUCUGUCGAGAUGUUGAUUGAGGAGAGUUUGAAAGAUCUUGAUUCAAAAAUGGAACAUCUUGAUUCCAUCAAAGUGUUGAUUGAAGAAAAAGCUGAAGAACUUGAAGCUAAAGAGAAACAACAUGAUGCAAUAAAGAAUUCUAUCAAUGAGUGUUCUGCAAAGCUGAAAAUGAAAGAGACAGAGGUGGAGUUGAUUGAAAAAUCAAUUAGAAAUCUUUCUUCAAAGCUUCAGGCAGAAGAGAAGAAAUUAGAUUCUGUCCAGAAGUUGAUUGAGGAGAGGUUGAAAGAUCUUGGUUCAAAAGAGAAACAUCUUGAUUCCAUCAAAAUGUUGAUUGAAGAAAAUGCUGAAGAACUUGAAGCUAAAGAGAAACAACAUGAUGCAAUAAAGAAUUCUAUUAAUGACUGCUGUGCAGAGCUGACAUUGAAAGAGAAAGAGGUGGAGAGGAUUGAAAAAUCUAUUAUAAAGUUCUCCUCAAAGCUUCAGUUAGAAGAGAAGAAAUUACAUGUUGUCCAAAAGUAUGCAAAACGGCGGGCCAAGGAAUUUAAUUUAAAAGAAAAGGAGCUCAGUUCACUCAAAGACACAAUGAAAACAUAUUGUGUUGAUCUCGAAUUGAAAGACAGGGAAUAUAAUGCUGUUCGAGAAUCUAUUGGAGAACGGAAUGAAGAACUUAAAUUGAAGAAGGAGCUGCUGCAAUCAGUCCAAAUAUCAAUCAUAGAGUGCAGUGAGGAGCUUGAAGCUAUGAAGAAACAGCGAAGCACUGUCCAAAAAUCAAUUGCAGAAUGCUCUGAAGAGCUUGAAUCAAAAAAGAAGAGUAUUGAUUUGAUGGAAAAAUCUUUGAAAGAAUGCUCUGAUAACCUUGCAUUAAAAGAGGCAGAAUUGGAUUCAAUACAAAGAUUUCACAAAGAGCAUGAAGAAAAGAAGAAGUAUUUUGAUUCCCUGGAAAGAACAUUAGAAGAAUGCUGGGAAAAACUUCAAAUGAAAGAGAGGCAAUUUGAAGAAAGUGUGAAGAAGUUUGAACUAGAAAGAGAACAAUUUGAUUUAAUGCAAAAAUCAGUCGAAGAACGAUGUAAACAAUUGGAAUUGAAAGAGAAACAAUUGAAUGACAAUUUUCAUUCACAAUUAGCAAUUGUGCAACCUGGGAAUUUGAUGCUUAACAAUACUGGUAAUUCUCUAUCUGUGGGUUGUCAAAACUUUAUCACAAAUGAUGGACAAAAGCUGCAGUUGCUCUUGAAUGAACAUUUGAGAAAUCAUGAUUUGGUUCACAACGAAGUCUUCACGGCUAUUCAAAAGUCACCAGACCCAGGAAAGUUGGUAUUAGAUGCUAUGCAUGGGUUUUACCCCCAAGGUUUGAAGAAGGGGGAUGUGGAGUUUGAUUUGAGUGUCAUUAGGAGGAGUUGUACCACUCUGUUGGAGCAGUUGCUGAAAGUAUCCCCACAGAUUAAGCCAGAAAUAAAACAACAGGCAAUGAAGCUCGCCGGUGAGUGGAAGGCAAGGAUGAGUGCAGUGAAAGAGAACUCUCUGGAGGUGUUAGGUUUUUUGCAGCUUUUGGGUGCCUUUAAACUGUACUCUGCUUUCAGCCCUGAUGAGAUUCAAAGUCUUCUUGAUACUGUUUCUCAGCACAGGCAGGCACCUGAAUUAAGACAGGCUUUUGGAAAUGCAGAGAGUUUAUCUGGGAGCAACAAUUCAUUUUCCCAUGUAAAAGUUGAGCAAAUGGAGCAUUUGCAUGUCAGUGAUCCAGUAUGUUCUUCAUCUGCAAAUUUUCAGUCCACUGUGAUCACAGAAGGUAGUUUUCUUUUGUUCCAAAAUGAGGAAUUGGGUGAGUAUGAUUUGAAGCCCCAAGAAGUUUUAGCUGUCCUUAAGUUUUCACCAGACCCAGCAAAGUUUGUUUUGGAUGUGAUGCAAGGGUCAUAUUUCCACCACUGGAAGAAUGAGGGUGGAGGACUUGAUGCAAGUGUUUUCAGGAGUAAGGUCCUACUGUUGGAGCAGCUGAUGAAAGUCUCACCAAAAAUAAGUCCUCCAGUGAAAGAAGCAGCUAAAAAGUUGGCAGUUUCCUGGAAAGUAAAUAUAGGAUUGCAGACAGAGAAUCAAAUGGAAGUUUGGGCUUUUUUGCUUUUUUUGGCUAUAUAUGGAUUAGUGUCUUUUUUUGGUGGAGACGAGAUUUUAGGGCUUAUUGAUAUUGUUGCUCAUCUCAGACAGGCUCCUGAAAUAUGUCGGAUCCUUGGUUUCACUGCUAAGAUCUUUGUGUUGGUUCAGAAUCUUCUUCAAAGGAAACAACAUAUAGAGGCUGCUAGAUUUAGUUAUGCAUAUGGGCUAGUUGAAGAUUUCUCUCCAGAGGUCAUCCUGCAAAAACACGUGGAUAACAUAAAGAGGAGUGCAUACAUCUCCCUUUAUGGAAAGGAUUUGCCUGAAGCACAGGUUGAGGCCAUAGAUAAAGGAGUAGCUGCUCUUAGAACCAUAUUAGAAUGCGUAGCAGAUUACAAGCUUGAAUCCAGAUUUCCAACUCAAAAGGUCACAGAUCUCAUCGUUGAGCUGGAAAAGCAAAAGGCAAGCAUCAGAGGCUCUCUACCAGCCCCUCCUUUUGUUGUUCAACCACAAGUGCAAGGUGGAAAUAAUCACACUAUUGGCACAUCUGGCCCCAAGCCAUCGCUACAUAACCAGAACUCGAGGGAUAGAUUGCAAUUCCAGGGUAAUAACAAGCGUCCCAAGAUAAGCUUCCUAAGGUUGUAGCUUUGCUCCAGGGAAAAAUGGCUGUGGUAGCUGGGUUCUUUCUAAGUUUAUGUCAUAGGGCUUUUGUCAGUAUAUAUCUUGUGAUCUUGACUCUCAUCUAACCCUCCACUCUCCUCUUUUGCUGUAUCAGAAGCUUGUGAGUAAUCUGCUUGUUUUUGCUUCAGACUUUGUGUUAACCUAGUAGUGAAGUUCCAUCUUUGAUGGCCAACUCUUUUGUACAGAAACCAAAAGCAUCUAAAAGGAAGUAUAUUUAGCCAUGUUUUAUAUUGAA